UGGACGCAUCAUCUCACGCUCUGGGAAUGGGAUCUUCACUGGGUUCAAAGAAAAACUUCGAGUUCUUUCGAAUUUACGCUCUACAGAAGUUACUUUUCAAGCUGCAGGGAUAGUUGUUACUGCAGGUGCAGGGUGACAGCAACAAAGAGCCACCGGCCAAUGACUUCCAAGACGCACAAGAAGUUGUCAGGGAGUUUCAGAGUCUAGAAAUCAGUUUAACACCUCGGAGUGGGCUGUCUGAAUUUGAUGAUCAGGAGUUUCUAGUAAUUUCAGAUCGCGGAUACUUCAACUCAGGCGUGCGUAAAAUAUUUGUGCGUAAAGUUGGAGCUGUUGCGCACGGUCGGUUCAAAGUUAGUUUUAGUGGGGCAGUUAGUUGAAGAACGUGUACUAGUCAAAAGAUUGGCAAACUUUUACAUUUGUUAGCAGUGUUAAUACCUUGACAGCCAUGGCAAAAUGGUUCAGAGAUUUCCCCAUCAACUUGAAGAAUGGAAGUGAAAGGGUCCGCUCGGCCUCUGAAUCUGGUCCGCAGACUCGACCCAAACCGUCGUUUUCUCGUGACAGUCUGAAAGGAAAUCAGCGUAAAGAUGGAGGAGUGGGGGGUUUAUUGGCAGGGAGAAACAGGAAAAAUUCGGCUACAGAAUUGGGUCGUAACAACGCUGGUUCUGGUGGGACAGUCUGGGAUACUCUCACAAAUGGAAAAGGUCGCAAGAACUCCAAAGUCGAGACUGGGGCUCCAGAUGAGAACCGACAGGUCAGGACGUCCAGUUUGGCGCAAGCGUACAUCAGCAGAAUGAUCAAAGUGGACAAACAAGACAAGACUCCCAAACUCAACGGGAUCAGUGAACAGAAGCAGCCCGAGAACGAGAAGAUGAGAUCUGACAUUAAAACAACGCUGAUUAUCCUGGAGGACUACGCAGAUCCUUUCGAUGCAGAGAAAACCAAAGAGCAGAGGGAGGCUGAGAGAGCAGGAGUGAAUGAUGGGUACAUGGAGCCCUAUGAUGCCCAGGUCAUCAUCACAGAAGUCCGCAGACGAGGCUCCAAAGAUCUCCUGAAAGUGUGUGUUCUGCUGGACCGGAGCAAGAGGGAGCAGAAGGGAGAAGAGGGAAAGCCCGCGCCUCCAAACAUCUACGACACGCCGUAUGAGGGCGGGCUGGACGGUGACAGUGGAGGCGUGUGGAUCCCUGUCACACGGCCAGAGUCUGACGUCCGUCCCGCUGGAGAGUACGAACUGCCCUGGGAGUGGAGAAAGGAGGACAUUGUUAGAGCGCUGUCAGCUCAGUUUGAGGCAGUGGAUUGUUCUCCCACUAAAGAGAACGGUUCAACCUCCGCCCGUCAGCCACAGCAGCAGCAGCAGCAGCAGCAGCAACAACAGCAGCAACAGCAGCAGCAGCAGCAGCAACAACAGCAACACACCCUGAGGCAGAAGAACUGGAACCAUAAAAUACUCGUUCCAUCUUCUUCAUCCUCCUCCACUUCUCCCUCCUUUCCUUCCUCUCCUAUUCUCAAACUCUCCCCUCUCACUCCCCCUUCUCCCUCUUUCCCCACCCUCAAACUCUCCCCCUCUUCUAGUCCUAACAAACUUUCCCCACCGUCUCCUACAUCCCCCAGUGCCCCACUGGAUGGGGAGGCAGCCAAAGUGGACCCCAGCCUGCCCCUGGAGAAGCAGAGCUGGUACCACGGCAGUGUGAGUCGGCAACAGGCUGAGGCUCAGCUGCAGCGCUGCAGGGAAGCCAGCUUCCUGGUGAGGGACAGCGAAUCAGGAACCAGCAAAUACUCCAUCGCUCUGAAGACCAGUCAGAGUUGUGUGCACAUCAUCGUGGCCCAGACGAAGAGCGUUAAAGGUUUGGGCUUCACGCUGGAUCAGAUUAGCUGCGUGUUCUCCAGCAUCCCUGAGCUGGUGCACCACUACUGCACACACAGACUGCCUUUCACUGGAGCGGAGCACAUGACCCUGCAGCAUCCUGUGCACAGGCCACACUGAACAAACACACAGGGACACAAAUACAGAUGCAUGUUUUACACAUGUAUGCACAAAUGCACACAGACAAACACAUUAACUUGUUAAAACAGUGUAGAGUGCACAUGCAUACACAAAGGUAUGCUGCUUUGAAUUGUCCUGUGUACUACGAGCUCAAUUCCAAAAAAGUUGGGAUGUUGUGGAAAAAGUAAAAAAAAAACUGAAUGCAAUGAUUUGCUAAUCAUUUGCAACAUAUAUUCAAUUAAAAAGUACAAAGACAAUAUAUUUUAUGUUCAAACUGAUAAUCUUUUGUUUGCACAGCAUCCCAACUUCUGUCGGUUGAACCUUAAUAAGUUCCUAUGUUUGUAUCUCUACUGUGCGCUACCUAGUGGUCAAAGUCAAACAUUACAAUUAGCAUUGAUCACAUUGUUAUAGAGGUAAUUGUUUCCAUUGUGAAAGCCCUAUUGAAUGUAUUUAUAGUUACAGGAACUCUUUGCCCCAUUGUCUUGCCCAUUGGUCCCGGCAGACCAUAAUCAGUAUAUGCAAAUCAAAUUAAUUUCUAUAAUACCUGAAACAAUGCACGGGCACUUACUGCAAUCAGAUAUUUGAAGGUAGCCAAGAGGUUUGUAAUCUCCUCUAACACAGAGGUGCUGACAUCAUCAAUCAAUUGGCGCCAUGCCAUCUAGUUAGGCUUGCUCUGUGAGGUCAAUACACCUGAUUGGAGUAUAUUCAUUCAUCCAUCUGACAUGUCAAUCAGCCUAUUGAUCUAUCCUGGAAAUCAGGCUCAUUUGCCAACCACUCUGUCUGUCAAGAGAAAGAGCUUUAUCGAUUUGACGAUUAGAAUUAGUGUAGUGGGAGGGGUCCUAUAGCAUCACAGCACCCGGUCAGCAAAAUUGUUUGUGUGCAAAAUAAAUAUGUGAUAAUCAUGUGACUUCACUGUAACCCUCAAUGAGAUCGCUUACUUUGUUGUGAGUGAACUGAAAGCUGUACCCUGAAAUGUACCUACUGUAUGCAUAAAUGAUGUGUGUAUGAAAUGAUUGUUGGUUACCGCACAAAGAUGUGGGCUGUAUAUUAUUGUUGUAAGACUUUUAUUCAGUAAAUAAAAUAAAAUUCAUAUUAACUGUAGACAAACAGUGUUAUUAAUAGACA